CUAGCUGGUUCAUCGGACGUGUACUUGCUGAAAAAAUGGCUGCAGAGCAGAAUGGAGUAAAAAUGCCGUCAACUGAGGAAAAUAAAGAGAACAGCAUCGAUCAGAGUAUUGGUCUGGAGAUUCUGCAGAUUAUUAAAGACUCUCAGCAGCAGCAUGGACUCAGGCAUGGAGAUUACCAGCGCUAUAGGGGUUAUUGCUCCAGACGGCUGCGUCGUUUGAGAAAGGCUCUGGGCUUUAAAAUGGGAAACAGACACAAGUUUACUGGGAAAAAAGUGACCGUGGAGAUGCUUUCAGACAACCGAUAUCUGUUGUUAGUGUUAAUGGAAGCAGAAAGAGCUUGGAGUUAUGCUAUGCAGCUAAAACAGGAAGCUAACACUGAGCCCAGAAAGCGUUUCCAUUUGCUGGGUCGCUUGCGGAAGGCUGCCAAACAUGGAGACCAGCUGGAGAAGCUGUGUGAAAGUCCUAAUGUGGAUGCUAAGACCAAACUUGAGGCUCAGGCUUACACUGCUUAUCUGACUGGAAUGGUUCAAUUUGAACUACAGGAGUGGAAAUCUGCAAUGGAGGCCUUUAACAAUUGCAAGACCAUCUAUGAGAAACUUGCAAGUGCUUUUACUGAGGAGCAGGCUGUGCUUUAUCACCAGAGAGUAGAAGAGAUUUCACCUAACAUCCGAUACUGUGCAUAUAACAUUGGUGACCAAAACGCUAUAAAUGACCUCAUGCAGAUGAGACUGAGUGCAGGAGGAGGGGGUGGCAUGAUGGCUGAAAAAUUGGAGUCAUUGAUUACUCAGACAAGAGCCAAGCAGGCAGCUGUAAUGAGUGAGGUUGAAUGGAGAGGCCGUACAGUUCCUAUCAAAAUUGAUAAGGCCAGAAUAUUUCUGCUGGGUCUGGCUGACAAUGAAGCUGCUAUUACACAGGCAGAUAAUGAAGAGACUAAGGAGCACCUGUAUGAGAGUCUGCUGGCAGAGUGUAGAGACACCAUCCAGGCUGUCAGGGAGGAGCUCAGGACUGAUGUGAAGCAGAGGGAACGAGCCACAGACGUUGCUGAGAGUAGCAAGGUAUCUAAUCUGCAGUAUUUACACAGCUAUCUUACAUAUAUCAAGUUGUGGACCGUGGUGAAGAGAAAUGAGAGCAUGGCACAUUCACUGCAAACUAAGCUGAAAGAGCCUCAGACUGAUGAGAACAAGAGAGGACCGCGACCACAGGAUCUCAUACGACUCUAUGACAUCAUUCUGCAGAGUCUUGCUGAGCUGUCAUCACUGCAGGGUCUAGAGGAGGAUCACACCUUCCAGAAAGAACUGUCCCUCAAGACUUUGGUCUACAAGGCUUACAGGUGUUUCUACAUAGCUCAAUCCUAUGUUUUGGUGAAGAAGUGGAGUGAAGCUCUUGUUCUUUACGAAAGGGUUCUGAAAUAUACCAAAGAGGUCCAAUCCAAAGCAAAGAGCCUUAGUAACAACCUUAAGGAUCUUCCUGAUGUCCAGGAACUCAUUGCUGAGGUCAAUGCUGAAAAGUACUCCCUCCAAGCUGCAGCCAUCUUAGACACUGAAGACAUUGCUGAGUUGCCCUCACAGCAGCAGAUUAAAGACACCACGCCUCUGUCUGAUCGACUGGAUAAUUUCCGACUAGACUCCAACCUUUUGAGCAAGCAGCCCAACCUGGUGCAGUUCCCUCCAGACUUUCAGCCAAUUCCAUGCAAGCCUCUCUUCUUUGACCUGGCUCUCAACCAUGUGGUGCUUCCACCGCUUGAUGACAAGGUUGAGCAGAAGGGGAAGGGUGGCAUCGCUGGCUACUUCAAAGGCUUCUUUGGCUUUGGAAGCUAAAUCUAAAACCGGGUUGUGUGUUUGGCUGUCUGAAUGGAGAUUUUUGUUCAGGAUUAAGAGUUAUUAAAUCCUUCUCCAUUCACAUGUCUUUGAUUUAAGUAAAUGUUUAGCCUCCAUCAUAUGGUAUAGCUAUGGUGUUAAGACCAUUUAUUCAAUGUGUUCCAUAUGUAAGAAGAUCUUGUCAGGCGACAGUGGUAAUCCUUAGUGUCGUUACACCGUCUUACAUAAAGAGUUUGCAAGUUUUGUUUAAUGUAAGUUAGUAUUGUUAUUUUAAUCAAACUUCUGAGCCAAGAUGGUCAGUUGCCAUUAAAAAAAUUCAUUAUGAGAUGAUUUUUGUCUGACAUUUGUACAGAGACCCUGGAAUGGACUAGAUGGUGGGGCAAAAAUGGGUGGAACAAAAAAAAAAUACAGUAAUAGUAAAAUUUUGUUUUUUUAGGUUUUUGCGUUUUCUCGCAAAGAUGUUUGCGUUCCCUUGCAAAACUGUUUUUCCACAAACACUUCCUGUUCACUUUAUACAUGUCACCCUUCCCAUUUUUGCCGGGAUUCUCCCUUAUUUUACCAAUAUAUUCCACUAUCAUCCUAUCAUUAAGUAUUUUACUAUAUUACUCAUGUAUUUUUUACCUUGAAAGCUCGCUGAAAUUAAUAUAAAAAUGUCUGCUUUCACUUUUUUUCCAUUAAAGCUCUGCAUCAAUCGUCCCCCUUCAUAUGCAACCUCUAAAUCAGAUAUGGACGCACUCCUUAUGAUAAAGUGAUCCCAGAUCAGUUUCUAUACACGCCAUUUAAAGUUGGCAUCUGUUAUCAAACAAGUGAAAAGCAGCAAAUGAAUCUCUAGUUUUUUGUUUGAUAGCUGUGGGGUCACUUUUUAAGAAUUAACAGAUCUGUAAUGAAAGCCUUCAACUACUUUAGUAACGUAACCGUUUAUGCUCAUUUAAGAGAAAAUCAGUUGUGUUUAACUGUUUACACAUACACCUAAAUCCCAACGUGUCCUGCACUGCGCUCCUCUUUAAAUGGCGUGUACAGAAGCUGAUCUGGGAUUAGUUUAUCAAGUGGAGCGCGUCUGUCAGUCAUCACUUAUACCAGUAAUUGGCUUAUACAUGCAUUGGCUGAUUCAGAGGUUGCAUAUGAAGGGGGGCGAUCAACCUUUUUUUUUGCUGAGCAGCUUUAAUGUUCAGCAAGUAUUCAAGAUUAAAAAUACAUGAGAAAUAUGAGAAAAUACUUAAUGAUAGGAUGAUAGGGAUAGAAUGGUAAAAUACGGGAGAAUCCUGGCAAAAAUGGGAGGGUUUAUAUGUAUGAAGUGAAAAGAAAGUGUUUGUGGAAAAGUAGUUUUGCGAGGGAAUGCAAAACAUCUGCGAGGAAACAAAAAACAAAAAAAAAAUGUUCCUUUUACUGUUUUUUUUUCCACUUAUUUUUUUCUUCACUAUUACGUCCCUUCUGGGUCUCCGUACAUUCACUACUGUUAAGGGAUUAAUAAUAAUUAAAGGGUUACAUAAUUUACAGUACAAUUGAGAAUACAUGAAAUACACUGUGGUCUGAUAUGUUGGCAAUGACAGAUUUUGAUUUCUGCAAAUAGAAUAUGACCUUGAACCUACCUUAAAUAUUCAAUAUGAUGAAACUGUUUAGAAACUCAAAAUGACCAGUUUUAAAUUAUAAUCCUAAAAAUUGUAGAAAGAGAAUAAAAUUAUGUUUGCCUGUGAUUUUCUACUAUGAUAUGGUGUCAUUUGUUUUAAAUUGAACUAUUUGCAGUCAAUUUCCAGUGUUUUGUUCUUUUUCAGUUUUUUUUCCCACCAAAUUGAUGGACACCUUUCAUUUUUCCUAGACACAGUUGAAACAAAUGAUUGCAUAUGAUAAAAGAGAGAAAUGAGUUAAAAGUCUCUUGGAUUAAAAAAAAUUAAAUAAAUACUCCUUUUCAGUGCCACGGUUUAAACUGCUCUGAUAU